AUGCAUUUAGGUCAAAAUCAAAUGGAUCUAACUUCAGCAAAAUGUGUAAUCAACAGCAUUUCUAGAUUCAUUCAUCUAGUUUCUUGCCAGACAGUGAAGCCUGCCCCUCUUCAGAAGAACUGUACUAAGAUGAUUUCCGUUUUGAGGUGUUUGAAACCGGUGCUCGAUGAUGUUUUCGAUUACAAAAUCCCUCUGGAUGAAAAUCUGUAUAGAGAAUGUGAAGAGUUGGACCGCCAGGUUAACGAAGCUCGGGAGUUUAUUGAAAAUUGGAGCCCGAAGACAAGCAGGGUCCUUAGUGUUCUUCAAAGUGGAGAGCUGUUGAUAAUGUUACAAGGCACUUCACUUAGGAUUUGUCACAUAAUUGAUAGAUUCCAUAAGUUAACUUCAUCUACCUCAGUUUUGAAUAAUCUUCAGCACCAUAUGCAGGAACUUAAGUGUCUUAAAAAGGAAUCAACAUCGGUCUAUAUAGAAGAAGUGUUGAGAAAUCAAAAGAAUAAUACUAAGCCUAGCUAUGAAUGUCAAAGGGAAAUUAUAGAGUUACUUAACUUGACGUCAAACCAGGAGCUACUGAAAGAAAGUAUUGCUGUGGAAAAGGAAAGGUUGAAUGCGGAAGUUAACAAAACAAAAGUGGAGUUGGAUGAAAUUAACCAAAUUGCGAAUCUUGUUUGCAGUUUACGUGAUUAUGCAAUGAAAACUAAAUGCCCUGGAGUAAAAAGUGAUGUGUCAGUCCCAUCAUACUUCCGAUGCCCUUUAUCGCUUGAACUCAUGUUGGAUCCAGUUAUUGUUGCUUCAGGUCAAACAUACCAGAGACAGUCCAUCCAAACCUGGCUUGAUAGCGGGUUGAAUGUUUGUCCCAAGACUCAUCAGAGACUUAACCAUGCAAUUCUAAUUCCCAAUUAUACGGUUAAAGCUAUGAUAGCAAAUUGGUGUGAAGAAAAUAAUGUCGAACUUCCCCAUGACUCAAAGCAGAGUAAUUCUAUCCAAAGUUCACCCCCCACAGAUUAUUUAUUGCAUCAAGAUUUAAAUCGUGCCCGUAGUUUUGGGUCUUCACAUAGUAGCAAUUCCAAUUCUAAAUCAUCUCUUCAAACUGGAAAUGCAUUUGAACAGCAAAAGGGUGAUGACUCCUCCAGAUUAAGCGGUGAACGUGAGACUGAAAUGUUUGAGCAACAAUCUCAUGCUCAUUCGUGUAGUCAUAGCAGAAGUGAGUCAUUUUCAAGUUCUAUUUCUAGUACUGAUUAUGUACCUUCAGUUUCAAAAACGGUGUCGGAGAUAUCAAAUAAGCAUCCAAAUGUGAUGUUGUCUGGAGAAAUUAAUAAUAAUGUGUUUACUGCUUCUCCUGCAAAUGAAGAAGUUGCGAAUUUUCCAACGGCAUCACAAGAGCAAUUUCAAAGCCCUGGAUCAAAAAAGGCAACAACGCCAGGGAUGUCAAAUAAACAUCAAAAUGUACAGGAGAAGCAUCAAAAUGUUCCAACGGUCUCUGGGAUAUCAAAUAAGCAUCAAAAUGUGCUGUUAUCCGGAGAAUUUAAUAAUAGUGUGUUUCCUGCUUCUCCUGCAUAUAAAGAAUUUGGGAAUUUUCCAAUGGCAACACAAGAGCAAUUUCAAAGCCCUGUAUCAAAAAAUGCAAAGUCGCCAGGGAUAUCCGAUAAACAUCAAAAUGUGCAGGAGAAGCAUCAAAAUGUUCCAGCGGUGCGUGGGAUGCCAAAUAAGCAACCAAAUGUGCAGGAGAAGCAGGAAAAUGUGCAGAAGCAUCAAAAUGUUCCAACAGUGUCAGGGAUAUCAAAUAAGCAUCAAAAUGUGCAGGAGAAGCAUCAAAAUAUUUCAAUGGUGUCAGGGAUAUCAAAUAAGCAUCAAAAUGUGCUUCUUUCUGGAGAAAUUAAUAAUAAUGUGUUUCCUGCUUCCCCUGCAAAUAAGGAACCUGGGAAUUUUCCAACAGUAUCACGAGAGCAAUUUCAAAGCCCUGGAUCAAAAAAUGCAAUGACGUUGGGGAUAUCAAAUAAACAUCAAAAUGUGCAGGAGAAGCAUGAAAUUGUUCCACGAGUGUCAGGGAUAUCAAAUAAGAAUCAAAAUGUGCAGGAGAAGCAUCAAAAUGUUCCAACGGUGUCAGGGAUAUCAAAUAAGCAUCAAAAUGUGCUUUUGUCUGGAGAAAUUAAUAAUAAUGUGUUUCCUGCUUCUCACGCAAAUAAAGAAGUUGAGAAUUUUCCAACAGUGUCAGAGCAAUUUCAAAGCCCUGGUUCAGAAAAUGCAACAAUACCAGGGAUAUCAAUUAAACAUCAAAAUAUGCUGGAGAAGCAUCAUAAUGUUCCAACAGUGUCAGAGAUAUCAAAUAAGCAUCAAAAUGUGCAAGAGAAGCAUCAAAAUGUUCCAACGGUGUCAGGGAUAUCAAAUAAGCAUCAAAAUGUGCUUCUGUCUGGUGAAAUUAAUAAUAAUGUGUUUCCUGCUUCUCCUGCAUAUAAAGAAUUUGGGAAUUUUCCAACGGCAUCACGAGAGCAGUUUCAAAGCCUUGGAUCAAAAAAUCAAACGACAGAUAAUGAAAACAAGUACAAUAACAAUAAUGAUAUUGUUUUUACUAGCCAUUCAAGUUCAGAAGAUGAUGUCCGUUCUGUUUCCAACUCAGAAUCUGAUAAAUUGACCACCACACAUGUCGGUAAGUUGAUUGAAUAUCUACAAAGUCAAUCAAAAGAAACACAAGCUUCUGCCGCCGAAGAAUUACGGCUUCUUACAAAGCAUAAUAUGGAAAACCGUAUCAUUGCUGGGAAGUGUGGUGCCAUUAUGCAUUUACUUCCACUGCUAUAUUCAGACAUGAAGAUAACACAAGAGCAUGCUGUGACAGCUAUACUGAAUUUGUCGAUUAAUGAAGACAACAAGACCUUGAUUAUGGAAGCAGGAGCCAUAGAACCACUUAUCCAUGUUUUGAAGAAUGGAAAUAAUGGUGCCAAGGAAAAUUCGGCUGCAACUCUAUUCAGCCUCUCAGUACCAGAAAACAAUAAGAUGAAGAUUGGUCGCUCCGGUGCUGUUAAAGCUUUGGUGGAGCUUCUAGCUUCUGGAACUCUUAGGGGGAAGAAAGAUGCUGCAACUGCUUUAUUUAACCUAUCAAUAUUUCACGAGAAUAAAGCUCGGAUAGUUCAAGCUGGAGCUGUGAAGUUUCUAGUUAAGCUGUUGGACCCAGCUGAUGGAAUGGUUGACAAGGCUGUUGCUCUUUUGGCAAACUUAUCGACAAUCCCAGAGGGUCGAAUAGAAAUAGUACGCGAAAGGGCAACCCCCUUACUGGUUGAACUUGUGGAUUCGGGUUCGAAUAGAGGAAAGGAAAAUGCUGCAUCAAUUCUCUUGCAACUAAGUCUUCAUAGCCCUAAGUUUUGUACUCUCAUUCUUCAAGAAGGAGUUGUACCUCCCGUAGUUGCAUUGUCCCAGUUUGGCACACCAAGAGCAAAGGAAAAGGCACAACAACUUCUCAGUCAUUUUCGUAGUCAGCGUGAAGGACCUAACGGUAGGGGAAAAUCAUGA